GUCCAGUGUUACAUUCGAACUCAUUCAAUUAUUAAUUUGUGAAUUAACAAGAUCUCAUGUAGAAUUCAACUCCAACAACAAAACACAACCCCAUACACCAUUGCUCCACAUGUCCAAAUCACAUAUUUUCAAACCCAACACAUCUUUUUACCCAAAUCUCAAAGAUAACUUUUCCCAUUCUAUAUUAAAGUGAUUCUCAAUUUCUCAUUAUCUCAAUUACCUCGUUCUUUUGGCAAUUGUUUCAGUUCACAUGUCACGAAUUAGCGCUUCCCUACUCGUAUUCUUGGUUGUGUUUGCUUCACUCUGUUCAUGUUUAGAAGGAAGAAAUCUUGUUGUGGGAGCAGAGAAGCAGUGGAAAAAGACGAACAUGAAACCAUUUUUCAGUGCACUUCCAAAGGGUACUACGCCAUCUUCUUCCCCAAGUAAAAAAGGUCAUGCUGUGGUUGUUGAUGAGAAGCUCAUAGAACGUCAUCUCAUAAGCAUGGAUCGAGUUCUUAUUGUAUCUGUUCCCAGCCCUGGCAUUGGACAUUAAUUUUUUUUUUUCUUUCUUUAUUGGGAUUAGAUUGAAUUUUCUUUGUGAUUACCUCGUAAUAAUUUCUAUUUAGUUCUUAGAUUCUUUGUAUUGUAUACCAUGAUUGACCAUAGGAGAUAUUUAAAAUCAGGUAAAAUUAAGUAGAAUAUGUAUAUAUGCAUUGCAUGUUUUCCUCUGUUUUGUGACUAUCUCAAUGAGAAAAGGAUAAUAUAUAAAUUUUGAACUUGGUUUUA